AUGGUGUCAGCUGUCAUACUAGUUCGCAAUGCGACUCCAGAUACAAUAAUACAAUUCCAAGAUCAACUCGCCAACGACCUACCCAUGAAAAAAGGUAAGUGGAAUUUUGCAUUUCGGAUUUUCAAAAACAAUCAGUAUGCAAUUCCGAAUGAAGUUGCUCAUCAGGAAUCCCUGAGCACCGAGUCCAAGUUCAUGUACACGCUAUCACCUUCAUAUUUACCUGGGAGUACACUUACCCUAAUAAACGGAAGGUCUGUAGGUGUAUUCAGUAGCACGAUACGAGAAGAGGCAACGGAACUCGGUUUGCAAACAGAAUGUAUUCCAGAUACCCAUUUAGAUUUGGGUGCAACGACCGGGCUUAACGAUCCAUUCGAUAUUCUUGCUAACCAGAAGUUGCAAAGUUUAUGGACCCAGAAGCAAAUGAUCAAGGGAGACGGCGGCCAAAUUUACGAAUUAGAGAAUGGUAACUUGUGUAUCAGGACGUCCAACGUUUUCUUACACGGUAGCUUUAAAGGGUUGCUCAUACAAGUUGAAAUAAGCGACAGAAGUUUUGGUUUGAAGAAUAUCACUGCACCCGAACUCAUACUGAGUAUUUUGAAAAAGUAUGGAAUAAAUGAAGGCAAAGUAUGUACUGAUGUUUUGGAUGCACGUUCGCGGGAUAAAUAUGGUGAUUUAUGCUGGCAAUAUUCGCGAAUCCUUGACUUUUAA